CCGUCUCCACCUUCCUCUCGCCCGCUGCAAGUCUCGCCCGACAAACAUUCAAGAUGCCGACCAUGUGGCUUUCCGAUACCCAAAAGAUUGGGGUCGCCUUCUGUUCCGGGGGCGGCCUCUUUCUGAUGGGUGGUGUCAUGAUGUUUUUUGAUCGCGCAAUGCUGGCAAUGGGCAACAUACUCUUUAUAAUUGGCCUGACGCUUAUCAUCGGAACGACAAAAACGGUCGCCUUCUUUGCCCGCAAGCAAAAGUGGAAAGGCACCCUCGCCUUUGUCGCGGGCAUAUCGCUUAUCCUCAUGCGCUGGGCUUUUGUCGGUUUCGUAGUCGAGUUAUACGGCAUACUUGUUCUGUUCGGCGACUUUCUCGCAACCAUUGCGGGCUUCGUGAGCAACGUACCGAUAGUGGGACCGUACAUUGCAAAGGGCCUGCAGGCGAUAAGCGGAGCGACACGGAAUUCCGAUGUGCCUGUCUGAGGCACGUGGGCUAUGAGGCAUGAAACGAGAAUGUACAUGGCAAGGCGUUGGAUCGCCAGGAUGAGUUGGACUAGCACGAGUUCAUGAAGGAUGUUAGCAUGGAUAGGCGUUGGAUUGGCUCGGACUAUGCAGGAUGGUAUCUUUAAGUGUUCUUGCGGGAGGCUCAUAGUGGCUGGGUGGCUUGAGUGGUAAUAGUAAAUAGCGUUAGCAUGUUGGGAUGG